AGUGGCGGCCACAAGAUGGCGGCGUCGGGCGGCGGCGCGGCGGAGCCGGGCUGGGAGGUGGCGGUGCGGCCGCUGCUCUCCGCCUCCUACUCGGCCUUCGAGCUGAAGGAGCUGCCGCAGCUGCUCGCCUCGGUCAUCGAGAGCGAAUCUGAAAUCCUGCACCAUGACAAGCAAUACGAGCCCUUCUACUCCUCCUUCGUUGCGCUCUCCACACAUUACAUCACGACUGUGUGUGGCCUAAUACCCAGGAACCAACUGCAGUCAGUGGCAGCUGCUUGUAAAGUCCUGAUUGAAUUCUCACUACUGCGACUUGAAAACCCAGAUGAGGCAUGUGCUGUUUCACAGAAACACCUGAUUCUGCUAAUCAAGGGGCUUUGCACUGGCUGUAGCCGCCUGGACAGAACUGAAAUCAUAACUUUCACAGCAAUGAUGAAAUCAGCCAAGCUGCCUCAGACUGUUAAAACCCUCUCUGAUGUGGAGGAUCAGAAGGAGCUGGCUUCCCCAGUGAGCCCUGAACUGCGACAGAAGGAGGUGCAGAUGAACUUCCUGAAUCAGUUGACAUCGGUGUUUAACCCUAGAGUGACAGCAUCACCAUCUCUUGCUCCAGAGACCCAGGUGGAAGGAGAAAGUGAGGAUCAAGCAUCUACUGACCAAGCUUCUGCAGCAAAGACAAAAAGUAUCUUCAUUGCCCAGAAUGUAGCCAGCCUGCAAGAGCUAGGUGGCUCUGAAAAGCUGCUGAGGGUGUGCCUGAACCUCCCUUACUUUUUGCGCUACAUAAAUCGAUUUCAGGAUGCCGUGUCAGCCAACUCCUUUUUCAUUAUGCCAGCCACUGUAGCAGAUGCCACGGCAGUUCGCAAUGGGUUUCACUCGCUGGUGAUAGAUGUGACGAUGGCACUGGACACUUUGUCUCUUCCUGUAUUGGAGCCUCUCACUCCCACACGGCUGCAGGAUGUGACUGUUCUGGCCCUCAGCUGCCUCUAUGCAGGUGUGAGUGUGGCAACAUGCAUGGCCAUCCUACAUGUUGGCAGCACACAGCAGGUACGAACUGGGUCCACUAGUUCUAAGGAAGAAGAUUAUGAAAAUGAUGCUGCCACUAUUGUACAGAAAUGUCUUGAAAUCUAUGAAAUGAUUGGGCAGGCCAUCAGCAACUCACGCCGUGCAGGGGGGGAGCAUUACCAGAAUUUCCAGCUGCUUGGUGCUUGGUGUUUGCUAAACAGCCUCUUCCUCAUCUUGAACCUCAGUCCUACAGCCUUAGCCGAUAAGGGAAAGGAGAAAGACCCAUUGGCUGCUCUUCGUGUCAGAGACAUCAUUGCUCGAACAAAAGAGGGAGUUGGGUCUCCCAAACUAGGCCCUGGGAAAGGGCAUCAAGGGUUUGGUGUUCUGUCAGUGGUGCUAGCAAACCAUGCUAUCAAACUCCUAACAUCGCUCUUCCAGGAUCUGCAAGUGGAGGCACUACACAAGGGGUGGGAAACCGACGGGCCCCCAGCAGUGCUGAAUAUCAUGGCUCAGAGCACAUCAAUUCAAAGAAUUCAGCGGUUGAUCGAUUCUGUGCCUCUCACUAAUUUGCUGCUGACUUUGCUGUCCACUUCUUACAGAAAGGCUUGUGUCUUGCAGCGUCAGAGGAAGGGUUCCAUGAGCAGUGAUGCAAGCGCCUCCACUGAUUCUAAUACAUAUUAUGAGGAUGACUUCAGCAGCACUGAGGAGGACAGCAGCCAGGAUGAUGACAGUGAACCCAUCCUCGGCCAGUGGUUUGAAGAGACAAUUUCUCCAAGUAAAGAGAAAGUGGCCCCUCCUCCACCCCCUCCACCCCCCCCCCUGGAGAGUUCACCUAGAGUGAAAAGUCCCAACAAACAGACGACUGGGGAGAAUGGGAACAUUCUGGCCAGCCGCAAAGACCCAGAACUGUUUCUAAGCCUAGCUUCCAAUAUUCUGAACUUCAUCACCACCUCCAUGCUGAACUCCAGGAACAAUUUCAUUCGCAACUACUUAAGUGUGUCUCUUUCCGAGCAGCACAUGGCCACACUGGCUAGCAUUAUCAAGGAAGUGGACAAAGAUGGGCUGAAGGGCACAUCAGAUGAAGAAUUUGCUGCUGCGUUGUAUCACUUCAACCAUUCCUUGGUGACCUCAGACCUUCAGUCCCCUACCUUGCAGAAUACACUUCUCCAGCAGCUGGGAGUGGCCCCUUUCUCGGAAGGACCUUGGCCAUUGUACAUCCAUCCCCAGAGUCUGUCUGUACUUUCCCGCCUUCUCCUAAUCUGGCAGCAUAAAGCCAGUGCCCAGGGAGAUCCUGAUGUCCCAGAAUGCCUCAAAGUUUGGGAGAGGUUUGUGAGCACUUUAAAACAAAAUGCCCUGCAGGGGGCACUUCCCAAUGACACAGAAGACCUGAAUGUUGAGCACCUCCAGCUGCUCUUGCUUAUUUUCCACAACUUCUCUGAGAAAGGCCGCAGAUCUAUCUUGACCCUCUGUAUCCAGACCAUUCUGGACCUGACUGUAAAGAUGGAUUCCCAGUUGCAGUCUGUACCGCUAAUCCUAGCUCGUCUGCUGCUGGUCUUUGACUACCUGCUUCAUCAGUAUUCCAAAGUUCCCAUGUACUUGUUUGAACAGGUGCAAUAUAAUCUGCUAACCCCACCCAUUGGCUGGGUCAGUGGAUCCCAGGAGAGUAGUAGACGAACUGCUAUCCCUAUCUACCAUGGAUUUAAAGAAGUAGAAGAAAACUGGACCAAACACUGCUCAUCAGAUGCAGUGCCACAGCCCAGGUUCUACUGCAUCCUGUCACCCGAAGCUUCUGAAGAUGACUUGAACCGCCUAGAUAACACGGUUUGUGAGGUCCUGUUUUCUAGGAUCGUGAAAUAUGAUGAGCUUUAUGCGGCCCUGACUUCACUACUUGCAGCUGGAUCGCAGUUUGACACCCUCCGGAGGAAAGAAAACAAAAACGUCACAGCACUGGAGGCCUGUGCACUUCAGUACUACUUCUUGAUACUCUGGAGGAUCCUGGGGAUUUUGCCCCCUUCUAAAAACUACAUGAAUCAGCUGGCGAUGAACACGCCCGAUAUGAGUGAAUGUGAUAUCCUGCACACGCUGCGCUGGUCCUCCCGCUUGCGUAUCAUCUCCUAUGUUGUUUGGAUCAAGGAUCACUUGAUCAAACAAGGCAUGAAAGCUGAACAUGCUGCUUCUCUCAUUAAAUUGGCCUCCACUAAGUGCAGCUCAGUGAAAUAUGAUGUGGAAAUAGCAGAGGAAUACUUUGCUCGACAGAUUUCCUCUUUCUGUGGGAUUGACUGCACCACUAUUCUCCAGCUGCAUGAGAUUCCCAGUUUGCAGGCCAUUUACACCCUUGAUGCUGCCAUUUCCAAGAUCCAGGUUUCCCUGGAUGAACACUUCUCUAAGCUAGCUGCAGAAACUGACCCACACAAAUCAUCAGAGAUAACCAAGAACCUGCUGCCUGCUACUCUGCAGCUUAUUGACACCUAUGCUACAUUCACCAGAUCUUAUUUGCUGCGGAGCCUCUCUGAAGAAGGCUCAACUGAGAACAAACCUUCUGAAGAGAAGCUGCGGGGUUAUGCUGCUGUCCUGGCUAUCGGAUCAAGCCGUUGCAAGUCAAAUACUCUGGGUCCAACACUUGUCCAGAACUUGCCACCAGCAGUACAGACCUUAUGCGAAUCCUGGAACAACAUUCAUACUAAUGAAUUUCCAAACAUUGGAUCAUGGCGCAACGCCUUUGCAAAUGACACAAUCCCAGCGGAAAGCUACAUCAGUGCGGUCCAGGCUGCUCACCUGGGCACCCUUUGCAGCCAGAGUCUACCUCUUGCAGCCUCCUUAAAACACACGCUCCUUUCCUUGGUCAGACUCACUGGGGACCUCAUUGUCUGGUCGGAUGAAUUGAACCCACAGCAGGUGAUACAUACUCUAUUGCCCCUUCUCUUGGAGACCAGCACGGAAAGCGUGGCAGAGAUCAGCAGCAACUCCCUGGAAAGGGUCCUGGGGCCUGCAGAGUCAGAUGAGUUCCUGGCUCGUGUCUAUGAGAAAUUGAUCACGGGAUGUUAUAACAUACUGGCUAAUCACUCCGAUCCCAACAGUGGCCUUGAUGAGUCUAUCUUGGAAGAGUGUUUGCAGCAUCUGGAGAAGCAGCUGGAGAGCAGCCAGGCUCGGAAAGCCAUGGAGGAAUUCUUUUCAGAGAGCGGAGAACUGGUCCAGAUCAUGAUGGCAACAGCCAAUGAGAACCUCUCAGCUAAAUUCUGCAACAGAGUCCUGAAAUUCUUCACCAAACUCUUCCAGCUGACUGAGAAGAGCCCUAACCCCAGCCUCUUAAGACUCUGUGGUUCCUUGGCCCAGCUGGCUUGUGUGGAGCCUGUACGUCUUCAGGCCUGGUUAACCAGGAUGACUAUGUCACCCCCAAAAGAUUCAGAUCAGCUGGAUGUUGUUCAAGAAAAUAGACAACUGCUGCAACUUCUAACAACGUACAUUGUUCGGGAGAACAGCCAAGUUGGAGAAGGCGUGUGCACUGUUCUGCUGAGUACCUUGAUACCGAUGGCAACAGAAAUGCUGGCCAAUGGUGAUGGAACGGGCUUUCCUGAACUGAUGGUUGUGAUGGCAACUCUAGCUAGUGCUGGGCAAGGCGCGGGCCAUCUCCAGCUUCACAGUGCUGCAGUCGAUUGGCUGAGCAGAUGCAAGAAAUACCUGUCUCAAAAGAAUGUUAUUGAAAAAAUGAAUGCUAAUGUCAUGCAGGGAAAGCACGUUACUAUUCUGGAGUGCACGUGCCAUAUUGUCUCUUAUUUGGCUGACGUCACCAAUGCACUGAGCCAGACCAGCGGCCAAGGACCCAGUCAUCUUUCAGUUGAUGGAGAAGAACGGGCCAUAGAGGUUGAUUCGGAUUGGGUAGAAGAGCUGGCUGUGGAGGAAGAAGACUCUCAAGCUGAAGACUCGGAUGAAGAUUCUCUGUGUAACAAACUCUGCACCUUCACCAUCACACAGAAAGAGUUCAUGAACCAACACUGGUACCAUUGUCACACAUGUAAGAUGGUGGAUGGCGUUGGUGUCUGCACAGUGUGCGCUAAAGUUUGCCACAAGGACCAUGAGAUUUCUUAUGCCAAAUACGGUUCCUUCUUCUGUGACUGUGGAGCCAAGGAAGAUGGCAGUUGCCUGGCUCUGGUGAAGAGAACUCCCAGUAGUGGCAUGAGCUCCACCAUGAAGGAAUCUGCAUUCCAGAGUGAACCCAGAGUGCCUGAGAGUGUCAUCCGCCAUGCUACCACCUCCCCAGCAGAGAAAUCCAAGGUCACCAUCAGUGAGGGGAAGGGUCCGGAUGAAGAAAAGCCAAAGAAGAGCAGCCUGUGUAGAAAUGUUGAGGGCUGUCGAGAGGAGCUGCAAUCCCAGGCCAACUUCUCCUUUGCUCCUUUGGUGUUGGAGAUGCUGAACUUCCUAAUGGAGGCCAUUCAGAUUAACUUCCAGCAGGCUUCAGCCAUGGGAAGCAGCAGCCGGGCACAGCAAGCCCUGAAUGAGCUACAUGCUGUGGACAAGACGGUGGAGAUGACAGAUCAGUUGAUGGUCCCAACUCUUGGCUCUCAAGAAGGUGCCUUUGAGAAUGUCCGAAUGAAUUACAGUGGUGACCAGGGCCAGACAAUCCGACAGCUGAUCAGUGCUCAUGUGCUGAGGCGGGUAGCGAUGUGUGUGCUCUCCUCCCCUCAUGGGCGCCGCCAGCAUCUGGCUGUGAGUCAUGAGAAGGGCAAGAUUACGGUGUUACAGCUCUCAGCAUUGCUGAAACAGGCGGACUCCAGCAAAAGGAAACUGACUCUCACCCGCCUUGCCUCUGCACCAGUUCCCUUUACUGUGCUGAGCUUAACAGGAAAUCCUUGCAAGGAAGACUACCUUGCUGUGUGUGGACUGAAGGACUGCCAUGUGCUAACGUUCAGCAGCUCUGGGUCUGUCUCGGAUCAUUUGGUACUGCAUCCCCAGCUGGCCACAGGCAACUUCAUCAUCAAGGCUGUCUGGCUUCCUGGGUCUCAGACAGAGCUUGCUAUUGUAACUGCAGACUUUGUGAAGAUUUACGACCUUUCGGUAGACGCCUUGAGUCCAACCUUCUAUUUCCUUUUGCCAAGCUCCAAAAUCAGGGAUGUUACCUUUCUGUUCAACGAGGAGGGAAAGAACAUCAUAGUCAUCAUGUCCUCUGCUGGGUACAUCUACACACAGCUCAUGGAGGAGGCAAGCAGUGCCCAGCACGGACCGUUUUAUGUCACCAAUGUGCUAGAAGUCAGUCAUGAGGAUCUGAAGGACAGUAAUGGCCAGGUGGCAGGAGGUGGUGUGUCGGUGUAUUACUCCCAUGUCCUACAGAUGCUGUUCUUCAGUUACUGCCAAGGCAAAUCCUUUGCAGCCACAAUCAGCAGGGCAACUUUGGAGGUGCAACGUCUUUUCCCGAUCAACAUUAAGAGUUCAAACGGUGGAAGCAAGACCUCCCCAGCACUGUGUCAGUGGUCUGAGGUGAUGAACCAUCCCGGCUUGGUGUGCUGUGUUCAGCAGACCACAGGUGUUCCUCUGGUGGUCAUGGUGAAGCCAGACACUUUUCUCAUCCAGGAGAUUAAAACCCUGCCAGCUAAAGCAAAGAUCCAGGACAUGGUGGCCAUCCGUCACACAGCAUGUAAUGAGCAGCAGAGGACCACCAUGAUCCUCCUAUGUGAAGAUGGCAGCCUGAGGAUCUACAUGGCCAAUGUAGAGAACACAUCCUACUGGCUUCAGCCCUCUCUUCAGCCUAGCAGCGUCAUCAGCAUCAUGAAGCCAGUUCGCAAACGCAAAGCGGCUGCCAUUACGACUCGCACCUCCAGUCAGGUGAAUUUCCCCAUUGACUUCUUUGAACACAACCAGCAGCUCACAGAUGUGGAGUUUGGAGGCAAUGACCUAUUGCAGGUUUAUAAUGCCCAGCAGAUAAAGCACCGGCUCAAUUCUACUGGCAUGUAUGUGGCCAACACCAAGCCUGGCGGCUUCACCAUUGAAGUCACGAACAACAACAGUACAAUGGUAAUGACAGGCAUGCGGAUCCAGAUUGGCACCCAGGCGAUUGAGCGGGCUCCUUCCUACCUGGAGAUCUUUGGCCGCACCAUGCAGCUGAACAUGACCAGGGCUCGUUGGUUUGACUUCCCUUUCACUCGAGAAGAAGCCCUUCAAGCAGACAAAAAGCUAACCAUCUUCAUUGGGGCCUCUGUGGACCCUGCUGGAGUCACAAUGAUGGAUUCCAUCAAAAUUUAUGGCAAGACCAAAGAACAGUUUGGCUGGCCUGAUGAGCCCCCGGAGGAUUUCCCAUCUGCUUCAGUGAGCAAUGUUUGUCCCCCAAACCUGAAUCAGGGAAAUGGUACUGGAGAUACAGAAGCUGCUACACCUGCAACUGCCAGUGGGACUGUCCUGGAAAGUUCUGAAACUGAGUCCCUAACCACCCUGGACCGGCUAGUAGUGAGUUCUUUAGAAGCGCUGGAAAGCUGCUUUGCUGUAGGACCAGUCAACGAGAAGGAGAAAAAUAAGGCUGCAGCUCAGGAACUGGCUACAAUGCUCCUGUCCAUGCCAGCUCCUUCCAGCGUCCAGCAGCAGACCAAGAGCCUCCUGGCUAGCCUGCACACCAGCCGCUCAGCAUACCAUAACCACAAGGAUCAGGCCUUGCUGAGCAAAGCCAUUCAAUACUUGAGCUCCUCUAGCAAAGAAGGGAAGGAUCUUGACCCUGAAGUAUUUCAGAGGUUGGUCAUCACUGCUCGAUCCAUCGCUAUUAUGAGGCCAAACAACCUGGUUCAUUUCACAGAGUCGAAGUUGCCACAGUUGGAAGCAGAAGCAGGUGAAGAAGGGCAGGAAGCCCAGAAGCAUGCUGAAGGAGAUGGUUGUAGUUUUAUUACCCAACUGGUCAACCACUUCUGGAAGCUACAUGCGUCAAAACCCAAAAAUGCCUUCCUGGCUCCUGCCUGCCUGCCAGGUCUGACUCACGUUGAAGCCACAGUCAAUGCUUUGGUGGAUAUUAUCCAUGGGUACUGCACAUGCGAGCUGGAUUGUAUCAAUACUGCAUCCAAAAUCUACAUGCAGAUGUUACUCUGUCCUGAUCCAGCGGUGAGCUUUUCUUGCAAACAAGCUUUAAUCAGAGUACUGAGGCCAAGGAACAAACGGAGACAUGUGACUCUGCCAUCUUCUCCACGGAGUAACACUCCCAUGGGAGAUAAGGAUGAUGAUGACGACGAUGAUGCAGAAGACAAAAUGCAGACCUCGGGGAUAGCAAAUGGUGAGCAUAUUCGACAGGAAAGCCAGGAGCAAAGCGAGGUUGAUCAUGGGGACUUCGAGAUGGUGUCUGAGUCAAUGGUUCUGGAGACUUCUGAAAAUGUGAAUAAUGGCAACCCUUCUCCCCUGGAGGCUCUUCUGGCUGGAGCAGAGGGAUUCCCACCCAUGCUGGACAUUCCUCCAGAUGCAGAUGAUGAAACAAUGGUGGAACUGGCCAUCGCCCUAAGCCUGCAGCAAGACCAGCAAGGGAGCAGCAGCAGUGCACUUGGACUGCAGAGCUUGGGACUGUCUGGCCAAGCCCCCAGCUCUUCCUCUCUUGAUGCUGGAACUCUCUCUGACACCACAGCAUCAGCUCUCGUUACUUUCUUAGCUCCAGCGUCGGAUGAUGAAGGCAGCACAGCUGCGACAGAUGGCUCUACUCUUCGGACUUCGCCAGCUGACCACGGUGGCAGCGUGGGCUCCGAGAGCGGGGGCAGCGCAGUGGACUCGGUGGCUGGCGAGCACAGUGUGUCUGGCCGCAGCAGCGCAUACGGUGACACCACAGCUGAGGGCCACCCAGCUGGGCCUGGCAGUGUCAGCUCAAGUACUGGUGCUAUUAGCACCACUACAGGACAGCAGGAAGGGGAUGGCUCAGAAGGAGAAGGGGAAGGGGAAGCUGAGGGAGAUGUCCACACCAGCAACAGGCUGCACAUGGUCCGUUUGAUGCUGUUGGAGAGACUGCUGCAAAACCUUCCCCAGCUGCGCAACGUCGGAGGAGUCCGUGCCAUUCCUUACAUGCAGGUUAUUUUGAUGCUCACAACAGACCUAGAUGGAGAUGAUGAGAAGGACAAGGGUGCUUUGGAUAAUCUUCUGUCCCAGCUCAUUGCAGAACUGUGCAUGGACAAGAAGGACGUGUCCAAGAAGAAUGAACGCUCUCCCGUGAACGAAGUUCAUUUGGUAGUAAUGAGGUUGCUUAGUGUGUUCAUGUCCAGGACCAAGUCAGGAUCUAAAUCUUCCAUAUGCGAGUCCUCUUCCCUCAUCUCCAGUGCUACUGCGGCAGCACUGCUGAGCUCUGGUGCUGUUGACUAUUGCCUGCAUGUGCUGAAGUCUCUCCUGGAGUACUGGAAAAGCCAGCAGAAUGAUGAGGAGCCUGUAGCCACCAGUCAGCUGCUGAAACCCCACACCACCUCUUCUCCUCCUGACAUGAGCCCCUUUUUCCUCCGUCAGUAUGUGAAGGGUCACGCUGCAGAUGUUUUUGAGGCCUAUACUCAGCUGCUGACCGAGAUGGUGCUGCGUUUACCCUAUCAGAUCAAGAAAAUAGCUGACACCAACUCACGCAUCCCACCGCCCAUCUUUGAUCAUUCUUGGUUCUACUUCCUAUCUGAGUACCUGAUGAUCCAACAGACUCCGUUCGUACGCCGCCAAGUCCGCAAGCUUCUGCUCUUCAUCUGCGGCUCAAAGGAGAAGUACCGCCAGCUCCGAGACCUGCACACCUUGGAUUCUCAUGUCCGCGGUAUUAAAAAACUCCUGGAAGAACAAGGCAUUUACCUUCGGGCAAGUGUGGUCACUGCAAGCUCAGGCUCUGCUCUCCAGUAUGAUACACUGAUCAGCUUGAUGGAACACUUGAAGGCUUGUGCGGAGAUUGCCACACAGCGAACAGUGAACUGGCAGAAAUUCUGCAUUAAAGAUGACUCCGUACUCUAUUUUCUCCUUCAAGUCAGUUUCCUGGUAGAUGAAGGAGUGUCACCAGUUCUUCUGCAGCUCCUGUCUUGUGCUCUUUGUGGCAGCAAAGUGCUGUCUGUAGCCUCAUCCUCUGGAUCUAGCACCUCUUCCACCUCUGCUCCAGCAGCCUCUGGCUCUGGGCAGCCAGCAACACAGAGUAAAUCCUCCACCAAAAAGAGCAAAAAGGAAGAAAAGGAGAAAGAGCGAGAGGGUGAGAGUUCUGGCAGCCAAGAAGAUCAGCUGUGCACGGCUCUGGUGAACCAGCUGAACAAAUUUGCCGAUAAGGAAACGCUUAUUCAGUUCCUGCGCUGCUUCUUGCUGGAGUCCAACUCUUCCUCUGUGCGGUGGCAGGCCCACUGCCUGGCACUCCACAUCUACAGGAACUCUAACAAGUCUCAGCAAGAACUGCUCUUAGAUCUCAUGUGGUCAAUAUGGCCAGAACUUCCCGCAUAUGGGCGGAAGGCUGCCCAAUUUGUGGAUCUGCUGGGCUAUUUUUCUCUGAAGACGCAACAGACUGAGAAGAAGCUGAAGGAAUACUCCCAGAAGGCCGUUGAGAUUCUCCGAACCCAGAACCACAUCCUUACCAACCAUCCUAACUCCAACAUUUACAACACACUGUCUGGCCUGGUGGAGUUCGAUGGCUAUUACCUGGAGAGUGAUCCUUGCCUAGUCUGCAAUAACCCAGAAGUGCCAUUUUGCUACAUCAAGCUUUCCUCCAUCAAGGUAGACACCCGCUACACCACCACCCAGCAGGUCGUGAAGCUAAUUGGCAGCCACACCAUCAGCAAAGUGACGGUGAAGAUAGGAGAUCUAAAACGCACCAAAAUGGUCCGGACAAUCAACCUCUAUUACAAUAACAGGACAGUGCAGGCCAUAGUGGAAUUGAAAAACAAACCUGCUCGUUGGCACAAAGCCAAAAAAGUCCAGCUCACCCCAGGGCAGACGGAAGUGAAGAUUGAUUUGCCCCUGCCCAUCGUGGCUUCAAACCUGAUGAUUGAAUUUGCAGAUUUCUAUGAGAAUUACCAGGCCUCCACAGAAACCCUUCAGUGCCCUCGCUGCAGUGCGUCUGUCCCAGCCAACCCUGGCGUGUGUGGGAACUGUGGCGAGAACGUGUACCAGUGUCAUAAGUGCAGAUCCAUUAAUUAUGAUGAGAAAGAUCCUUUCCUGUGCAACGCCUGUGGGUUCUGUAAAUACGCUCGCUUUGACUUCAUGCUGUAUGCCAAGCCUUGCUGCGCCGUGGAUCCAAUAGAGAAUGAAGAGGAUCGGAAGAAGGCAGUAACGAAUAUUAACACUCUUCUGGACAAGGCUGACAGAGUGUAUCAUCAGCUAAUGGGACACCGACCACAGCUGGAAAACCUGCUGUGUAAAGUGAAUGAAGCAGCACCUGAAAAGCCACAGGAUGAGUCUGGUAGCAGUGGAGGGAUCAGCUCUACCUCAGCUAGUGUGAAUAGAUACAUCCUUCAGCUAGCUCAGGAGUACUGUGGUGACUGCAAAAACUCUUUUGAGGAGCUCUCCAAGAUCAUCCAGAAAGUUUUUGCUUCUAGAAAAGAGCUCUUGGAAUACGAUCUCCAGCAGAGAGAGGCAGCAACCAAGUCAUCCCGAACCACUGUUCAGCCCACGUUUACUGCCAGCCAGUAUCGAGCGCUGUCCGUCUUGGGCUGUGGUCAUACAUCUUCAACAAAAUGCUACGGCUGUGCUUCGGCCGUCACUGAGCACUGCAUCACCUUGCUCCGUGCUCUGGCAACCAACUCUGCCAUUCGGCACAUUCUUGUGUCCCAGGGCCUUAUCCGGGAGCUAUUUGACUACAAUUUACGUCGUGGAGCUGCCACCAUGAGGGAGGAAGUCCGUCAGCUCAUGUGCCUUCUAACCAGAGACAAUCCCGAGGCCACACAACAAAUGAAUGACCUAAUCAUUGGGAAGGUGUCUGCUGCUCUGAAAGGACAUUGGGCAAACCCAGAUCUGGCUAGCAGCCUCCAGUAUGAAAUGCUGCUGCUGACCGAUUCCAUCUCGAAGGAAGACAGCUGCUGGGAGCUGCGAUUGCGUUGUGCUCUCAGCCUCUUCUUGAUGGCAGUAAACAUUAAGACUCCAGUAGUAGUUGAGAACAUCACCCUCAUGUGCCUGCGAAUUCUGCAAAAACUGAUCAAACCUCCUGCUCCAACCAGCAAGAAAAACAAGGAUGUGCCUGUCGAUACUCUCACCACCGUUAAACCUUACAGCAAUGAAAUCCAUGCACAGGCUCAGCUGUGGCUCAAGAGGGACCCAAAGGCAUCGUAUGAAGCUUGGAAAAAAUGCCUCCCUGCUAGAGGUAUAGAGGCAAAUGGGAAAUCUCCCAGCAGAACAGAGCUGCACCAGCUCUACUUGUCCGAAAAGUACAUCUGGAAAUGGAAACAGUUCAUGAGUCGCCGUGGGAAGAGAACCUGCCCUCUGGAUCUCAAGCUGGGGCACAACAACUGGCUGCGGCAGGUACUGUUUACUCCUGCAACCCAAGCUGCAAGGCAGGCUGCAUGCACUAUUGUAGAAGCUCUGGCCACCAUCCCCAGUCGGAAACAGCAGGUCCUUGAUCUCCUUACCAGCUACUUGGAUGAGCUGAGUAUUGCUGGGGAGUGUGCUGCUGAGUACCUGGGUCUGUAUCAGAAGCUCAUCAAGCCUGCACACUGGAAGGUCUACCUUGCAGCAAGAGGGGUUCUGCCCUACAUUGGUAACCUCAUCACAAAGGAAAUUGCUCGUCUACUUGCCCUGGAAGAAGCCACUCUCAGCACUGACCUGCAGCAGGGGUACGCCUUGAAGAGCCUCACAGGGCUCCUCUCUUCCUUCGUGGAGGUGGAGUCUAUCAAACGGCACUUCAAAAGCCGGCUGGUGGGCACGGUGUUGAACGGCUACCUAUGCCUGAGAAAGCUGGUGGUGCAGAGAACGAAGCUGAUUGAUGAGACCCAGGAUAUGCUGCUGGAGAUGUUGGAAGAUAUGACAACAGGCACAGAAUCUGAAACGAAAGCCUUCAUGGCAGUGUGCAUCGAAACCGCUAAACGUUACAGCCUUGAUGACUACAGGACUCCUGUCUUCAUAUUUGAGAGACUUUGCAGUAUUAUCUACCCUGAAGAGAAUGAAGUGACAGAGUUCUUUGUGACUCUGGAGAAGGAUCCCCAGCAGGAAGACUUCUUGCAGGGCAGGAUGCCAGGGAACCCCUACAGCAGUAAUGAGCCUGGCAUUGGGCCGCUCAUGAGGGACAUCAAGAACAAAAUCUGUCAAGAUUGUGACCUGGUGGCUUUGUUGGAGGAUGACAGUGGAAUGGAGCUUUUGGUGAACAAUAAGAUCAUCAGCUUGGAUCUACCAGUUGCUGAGGUCUACAAGAAGGUCUGGUGUCCCACUAAUGAGGGGGAGCCAAUGAGGAUCAUUUACCGCAUGCGAGGGUUGCUAGGAGAUGCGACUGAAGAAUUCAUCGAGUCUCUGGACUCCACUACAGAUGAAGAGGAAGACGAGGAAGAGGUUUAUAAAAUGGCGGGCGUGAUGGCUCAGUGUGGAGGCCUGGACUGCAUGCUGAACAGACUGACUGGAAUCAAGGAUUUCAAACAGGGUCGACACCUCUUAACAGUGCUGCUAAAGCUGUUCAGCUACUGCGUGAAGGUGAAAGUAAACCGUCAACAGCUGGUCAAGCCUGAGAUGAACACUUUGAAUGUCAUGCUGGGGACGCUGAAUCUGGCCCUGGUGGCUGAGCAGGAAAGCAAGGACAGCGGCGGAGCAGCUGUGGCAGAACAGGUGCUUAGUAUCAUGGAGAUUAUACUGGAUGAAUCCAAUGCAGAACCACUGAGUGAAGACAAGGGCAACCUCCUCCUGACUGGUGACAAGGAUCAGCUGGUAAUGCUGCUGGAUCAGAUAAACAGCACCUUUGUCCGCUCCAAUCUCAGCGUCUUGCAAGGCCUAUUACGCAUCAUCCCUUAUCUGUCCUUUGGGGAAAUGGAGAAAAUGCAGAUCCUGGUUGAUCGAUUCAAGCCCUAUUGUAACUUUGACAAGUACGAUGAAGAGCACAGUGGAGACGAUAAAGUUUUCCUGGACUGUUUCUGUAAAAUAGCAGCUGGCAUAAAGAAUAACAGCAACGGCCAUCAAUUGAAAGAUCUCAUCCUCCAGAAGGGGAUUACUCAAAAUGCCCUUGACUACAUGAAAAAGCAUAUCCCUAGUGCAAAGAAUUUGGAUGCAGACAUAUGGAAGAAGUUCUUAUCUCGCCCUGCACUUCCCUUUAUCCUGAGGUUGCUUCGAGGGCUGGCCACACAGCACCCUGCCACACAGGUGCUAAUAGGUACGGACUCCAUUACAAACCUGCACAAACUUGAACAAGUGUCCAGCGAUGAAGGGAUUGGGACAUUAGCUGAGAACCUGCUGGAGGCACUAAGGGAACAUCCAGAAGUGAACAAGAAGAUAGACGCAGCCCGCAAGGAGACCCGUGCAGAGAAAAAGCGCAUGGCCAUGGCGAUGAGGCAGAAGGCUUUGGGCACAUUGGGCAUGACGACUAACGAGAAGGGCCAGGUGGUGACAAAGACCGCGCUCCUCAAACAGAUGGAGGAGCUAAUAGAAGAACCAGGACUGACCUGCUGUAUCUGCAGAGAAGGGUAUAAGUUUCAGCCUGCGAAGGUCCUGGGGAUUUACACUUUCACCAAGCGAGUUGCGCUGGAGGAGUUUGAGAACAAACCCCGCAAGCAACAGGGCUACAGCACGGUCUCUCAUUUCAACAUUGUCCAUUACGACUGUCACCUUGCUGCUGUGAGACUAGCCCGUGGUCGGGAGGAGUGGGAGAGCGCAGCUCUCCAAAAUGCCAACACCAAGUGCAAUGGGCUUCUCCCAGUCUGGGGGCCUCAUGUGCCGGAGUCUGCCUUCGCCACUUGCUUAGCCAGACACAACACGUACCUCCAGGAGUGCACGGGGCAGCGGGAACCCACCUACCAGCUCAACGUCCAUGACAUUAAGCUACUGUUUCUCCGCUUCGCUAUGGAGCAGUCGUUCAGUGUGGACACCGGAGGAGGAGGAAGGGAGAGCAACAUACACCUCAUUCCAUACAUAAUUCACACUGUGCUUUACGUCCUCAACACAACCCGAGCAACUUCCAGAGAGGAGAAAAACCUCCAGAGUUUUAUGGAGCAUCCCAAGGAGAAAUGGGUGGAGAGUGCCUACGAGGUGGAUGGGCCCCAUUACUACACGGUUCUGGCCCUGCACAUCCUGCCCCCGGAGAAGUGGAAAGCCAUGCGGGUGGAGAUCCUGAAGAGGCUCUUGGUUACCUCGCACGCGCGUGCGGUGUCGCCAGGGGGAGCCAGCAGGCUGACAGAUAAGACAGUGAAGGAAUACUCAACAUAUCGCUCUGGCCUUCUCUUCUGGGCCCUCGUAGAUCUCAUUUACAACAUGUUCAAGAAGGUGCCUACCAGUAACACAGAGGGAGGCUGGUCCUACUCUCUGGCGGAAUUUAUACGACACAACGACAUGCCGAUACACGAAGCUGCAGACAAAGCCCUGAAAACCUUCCAGGAGGAGUUCAUGCCAGUUGAAACCUUUUCUGAAUUUCUGGAUGUGGCUGGACUCUUAACGGAAAUCAGCGACCCCGACAGCUUCCUCAAGGAUCUCUUGAACUCCAUCCCCUGAGCCUCCUGCACAGAUCAGCAGCAUGUUACGAUCUACAGUAGUUCUCCUCCCACCCUUUGUGUCCCUCCCCAUGCGGUCUUUCCUUCCCCUCAGGAGCGCUGCAGGUUGUUUUUUGGGGGGGGUUGUUUUUGUUGUUUUGUUUUUAUUUUCUACACCUUUGGGGGUGGGUUUCUUGCAGUGAUUUUGGGAUUUAGACUUGUUUUAUCUUGUAUUUCAAUGCUUCUCUCUGUAAAGCCUGUGUAUUCCAGGUGGUUGAAGGAACUUGUACAGACUGAGGAAUGCAAAGCACUCGAUCUUAACGCUUUAAUGUGCACCUCUGAAAUUCAAUAAAUUAAACAAACAGGCAA